AAAAUUUUGCUUGGCAUUACUCAAAAGCAAAACAAGAGUAAAAGGAAGAAAUAAGAACAAGGAAAAAGAUUGAACUGAUUUAAAAUCAUGCAGAAACUGCAAAUUUAUGUUUAUAUUUACCUGUUCAUGCUGAUUGUCGCUGGUCCAGUGGAUCUAAAUGAGAACAGUGAGCAAAAAGAAAAUGUGGAAAAAGAGCGGCUGUGUAAUGCAUGUACUUGGAGACAAAACACUAAAUCUUCAAGGAUAGAAGCCAUAAAAAUUCAAAUCCUCAGUAAACUUCGCCUGGAAACAGCUCCUAACAUCAGCAAAGAUGCUAUAAGACAACUUUUGCCCAAAGCUCCUCCGCUCCGGGAACUGAUUGAUCAGUACGAUGUCCAGAGAGAUGACAGCAGCGAUGGCUCUUUGGAAGACGAUGAUUACCACGCCACGACGGAAACCAUCAUCACCAUGCCCACCGAGUCUGAUCUUCUCAUGCAAGUGGAAGGAAAACCCAAAUGUUGCUUCUUUAAGUUUAGCUCUAAAAUACAGUAUAAUAAAGUAGUAAAGGCCCAACUGUGGAUAUAUCUAAGACCCGUCAACACUCCUACAACAGUGUUUGUGCAGAUCCUGAGACUCAUCAAACCCAUGAAAGACGGUACAAGGUAUACUGGAAUCCGAUCUCUGAAACUUGACAUGACCCCAGGCACUGGAAUUUGGCAGAGCAUCGAUGUGAAGACAGUGUUGCAAAAUUGGCUCAAACAGCCUGAAUCCAACUUAGGCAUUGAAAUCAAAGCUUUAGAUGAGAAUGGUCAUGAUCUUGCUGUAACCUUCCCAGGACCAGGAGAAGAUGGGCUGAAUCCCUUUUUAGAAGUCAAGGUGACAGACACACCGAAAAGGUCCAGGAGAGAUUUUGGGCUUGACUGUGACGAGCACUCAACAGAAUCUCGGUGCUGUCGUUACCCCCUGACUGUGGACUUUGAAGCUUUUGGAUGGGAUUGGAUUAUUGCGCCCAAAAGAUACAAGGCCAAUUACUGCUCUGGAGAGUGUGAAUUUGUGUUUUUACAAAAAUAUCCCCAUACUCAUCUGGUACACCAGGCAAACCCCAGAGGCUCGGCAGGCCCCUGCUGUACCCCCACAAAGAUGUCGCCCAUUAAUAUGCUAUAUUUUAAUGGCAAAGAACAAAUAAUAUACGGGAAGAUCCCAGCCAUGGUGGUAGAUCGCUGUGGGUGCUCAUGA